UUUUUCAUCAUAAAUUCUUCUAUCUUAUUUUUGGUUUUAAAUUCAAAUAAAAUAAAAAAAUAAAAAAAUGGGGAACAGUCUGGGAGGAAAAAAAACAACAAAAGUGAUGAAAAUCGAUGGACAAACGAUGAAAUUCAAAACACCAAUUUAUGCAAACGAGGUUCUGAAAAAUUAUCCAUCGAUGGUAUUAUUAGAAUCGGAAGAAGUAAAGCAUUUCGGGGUUCGAGCAAAGCCAUUAGAGCCUCAACAAGAGUUAAAGUCCAAAAGGCUUUAUUUUCUCGUUGAAUUGCCUAAAUUCCCCGAAGAGAAUAACAGAAGCACGAGGAGGGUCCGAUCCGCCAUCCAAAUGAGCGCCAAGGAUCGGCUCGAGACGCUAAUGCUAGCAAGGAGAUCCGCGUCUGACUUGUCAAUCAUGAAGCCUGCUAGUAUUGUAACUGAAGAGUGCUCGUCUUAUCAUAAUAAUAACAACAACAAUAAUAAUAACUCCACGCUCAAUAGUGGUGGGCCGUCCCAGGCCCACCCUACGAGGCUGAAGUUGAGGUUGUCGAAAGCAGAGGUGGAGAAAUUGAUGAUGGAGAGCAAAGAUGAGAAUGAAGUUGCUGAGAAAAUUAUGAAACUUUGCAUGAAUAACAACAAUGGUGGAAGUGGUCCUUUGAUGGAACAACAAAAUCAUAAUAAUGGAGGAGUAGUAAAGAAAGGACUCAAAUCUAGAGAGAAACGAGUAGGAUUCUUGCCAAUAACAGAAGGGGAGAUUCAAUUAGCAGUGGCAGCUUCUUAAACAAAAAAUAGAAUUUAGAAAAGAAAAAAAAACAUUUUAUAGAAAAUAAUAUAGAUUGUCUGUGUAAAUAACUUUUUAUAUAAUAUUCUGCUUUGUAUUCUGUAUGAUGUAAGAUUCGUGUAAGGUACUGUCAUUUGUGUUCCUUAUUCUGACUA